ACGAAGGUCAAUUACAUACAAAAAUAAACCGCGUGGUAUGUUAUACAUUUUUGUUCUCGCUGGUAGUUCGUUUUGACACAUGGGAAAUUCUCAUGCCGCAAGAAAAUGCAUUUCCGAAGAAAUCGCUGAGUAUCUGGAGACAGCAAAGCGCAACUACUUAGAAAACUAUGAACAUCCUGUUAAAAAACCAGCGUCUUUAGAUGAAUUCAAACAACUGCGAACCUUGGGCACAGGAUCUUUUGGUCGUGUUAUGCUUGUACAGCAUAAAAAGACAUCCAACUUUUUCGCGUUAAAAAUCCUUGACAAAGCAAAAAUAAUAAAACUUAAACAAGUUCAACACACACUUAAUGAGAAGAGGAUUUUACAAGCCAUCGAUUUUCCCUUUCUGAUUCGGCUGGAAUACAGUUUCAAGAAUGAAGUUUACUUGUUUUUAGGACUGGAAUACGUCUCUGGAGGUGAAAUGUUUUCUUAUCUGCGAAGAAAGGGCCGAUUUAGUGAGUCUGCAGCGCGUUUUUACGCAAGCCAGGUCAUAUUAGCUCUCGAAUACUUGCACUAUCUUGACCUAAUAUAUCGAGAUCUGAAACCAGAAAAUAUACUUUUGGACCCAGUUGGAUAUAUAAAGGUUACAUUAAAAUUUGGGCUACAACAGUGUCGUUUAUACAUUAACAAUCGCUUAAUAUUGCUGACUUUGGCUUUGUUAAGCACGUGAAAUAUCGAACAUACACACUGUGUGGUACUCCUGAAUAUUUAGCUCCAGAAAUUAUUCAAAGUAAAGGUUAUACAAAAGCUGUCGACUGGUGGGCAACUGGUGUAUUAAUUUAUGAAAUGGUCGCUGGUCAUCCACCGUUUUUUGCAGACGAACCAAUAGAAAUUUAUGAACGUAUAGUUAUCGGGAAAGCAAAAUAUUUACCAGUCAAUCGUAUAACACAUAUCGAUGGGUUUUUCAUGAACGAAGAAAAUGAAAGUGGUUCCUUGCCUAAUACAUUAUAAAUUUCCUUCCCACUUCAGUUCAGAUUUGAAAGAUCUUUUGCGUAAUUUGAUUCAAUCUGAUUUAACACGACGAUUUGGUAAUUUGAGAAAUGGUGUUCAAGAUAUUAAAUCUCAUAAAUGGUUUUCACAUUUGGACUGGUUAAUGAUUUUCAAAAAAGAGGUAACAGCUCCUCUGAUACCCAAUUGUAAAGGACCUGGUGAUGCAACAAAUUUUGAAAGAUAUCGAGAAGAACCAUUGAAAAAAAGUAAAAUUAAUAAAUUCGAAACAGAAUUUGCUGAUUUUUAAAUUGAAUAGAGAAAAAUAAACAAAUUAAAGAAUUUAUUUUUUCAUCGAAAAUUUAAAUUCUAUCCUUUCUUUUUUAUCACAACUUAUUAUUAAAAUACAAACUGAAUAAGAAACAUAAGGAAUAGGCAUGUUUUUACCUAUUUGCUCAUAUAAUUUUCCUUUGGUUUUCUACUACAAUAGCACAUAUUUAACUGUUUGUUUAUCUUUUUGAAUUUUGUUUCAUUAUUUUUUUUCAUAUUAUUGUUUCUUUGUUGGUGGUGUUCAUUGUGUUAUUUUUUAAUAUUAUCUAACAAUUAUUUAAUGACAAUGCCAAUUAUUUGUCAACAAUUUGCAACCACACAAUUUUAAAAACUGAAAGACAGACGAUGAAUAAAACAAGAUUAUUGCUCGUCACUUCAAAUAAUCAUAAAAUAUUCGUGAUAACACAGCAAUAUUAGUUCUAACAUUACAAAUGGAUAUAUAUAUAUAUAUAUAUAUAUAUAUAUAUAUAUAUAUAUAUAUCACCUCAUAUCCUUAAUUAAAAUACACUUUACCUGAAAAUGUGUAUGGUUUAGCCUCAGUUAUGCGCCUGGUUGCUUUUUCUUUAUUUGCAUCAGAUUAAAAUGAUCAUCUAAUUGAAAUUAAUUGUAAACAGUUGAGUAUGGAGACAUUCACUGCCUUAUUACUGUAUGUAUGUCUUCAGCCUAUUAUUUAUUUAGUAAAAUAAUUGCAAUUAUAAUGAGGAGUAAAAAAAAAUAAAACAACAUACACAUUAAAAUUAUUUAAAUCAAUUUUCUGUUCUGGGUUUUUCAGUUCUUGUAAACCUUAAUGUUUAGAAAAGAAUAAAACAUAAAAUACUAUGUAAAAAGGUUAAAAGUAAAUUAAAUAAUAUCUCUAUAAAACAAUUGUUUACAUUAAUCUAUGGAAUAGAACUUGGCACAUAUAUUGGUUAUUGGUUUUACAAAAAUAAUCCUUUAUAAAAUAAUGAAAACUGUGAUGACUCAAUUGUUGUUUCGAAUUGUAACGACUCUAUAAUUCUUUAGCUUUGGAGUUGUUUUAUUCUCUGAUUUCAAGAGAAAAUGCAACAUGUUUCACGUUUCCCUCUUGAUCUACAAAUCUUCAUCCUCUUUAAAUUACUUGUAACCCAUUUUGUGUUACCAUUAGUUAACUAAUUUCAUCAUAGUUGACCAUUAGCAGCCUGAGAUUUAAAGUUUUAUGUGAGAUCUAUAUUCAGUCAAUUUUAAAAUAUUAUCCAAUCAUUAUUUAAUUAGAUUGCUAACAUUUUAAAUGAUUGUUAGAAAUCUUUAGUAAUUGGAGCAAUAUGUCAAUGAAAAGUUAGCCAUUCAGGUAAAUCUAAAUUUUAUAACAGAACCGGAAACUGUUGUGUGGCCUACUUUGAUUUUUAGUAAACAGAGCUUGAAUCUUUCUUUUUGUCUUCUUUAAGAUAACAAAGGAAACUAAGUGUGUGAAACGAGGUAUAUAACUGAAAAACGUAUUAGUUAUGUAGGACGAUAAUAUAUCAGUCAUACCAUAAAUAACAUUAAAUAUUUAAACACAGUUCAUGUGAAAUAAUGGAGCAACUCCUUAAUGUAUAAGGACAAAAUACGAC